CGGUGAGCAUCAGUACAUGACAAUACUGCUUUAAAAAAACAACCCGAUCAAGCACGUAGCCUAUAAAUGUAAAGGUAUUCUCAAAGGUGGACACUUCUGGGAUGGCAACUUCACUUCUAGGGGAAGAACCCAAGUUCGGAUCUACUCCUUUAGCCAUGUUGGCUGCAACCUGUAACAAAAUCGGCAGCCCGAGCCCUACAUCUGCCAUGAUAUCGGACAGCGCUUCGUUUGGGAAAGGCUUCCAUCCUUGGAAACGAGGUUCUCCGGGAAGCUGCAGUCUCGGGUCGAGUCUGUCGUCUCGAGGCGGGAGCGGCCUGGCAGAAACCUUUAGCGCAAACUGUUCACCAGUUUCCAGCGCAUUCUCACUAACAACCAGCAGCGCUUCCGGGAGCCCCUUCGGAAGCGAUUACUCCGCGUUUCAGACUUCUGUGUCCAUCACAGGCGGAUCUCAGGAGCCGAGCUCGCAGCCCGUGUUCAUCUCCAAAGUGCACACUUCGGUGGACAGCCUGCAGGGCAUCUACCCGAGGAUGGGCGUCGCGCACGCGUACGACUCUUGGUUCAAGUCGGGCAUCGCUGCUGGGGACGUGGGCGCAUCGCCCAGCGCCUCGGGCUGGUGGGACGUAGGCACUGGUUGGAUCGACAAUCCGCUGAGCGCCAAUGGCCUCCAGACCUCGCUGCAUUCUCCGUUGGGAGGCUAUAACUCGGACUACUCGGCGGCGCUCGGCCACUCCGCGUUCAGCGCUGCUUCAUCGCCACACCUGCUCGCCGGCGGGCAACAUCUAGUGGACGGAUUCAAACCCGUAUUGCCGGCCUCGUAUUCGGACUCUAGCCCAAACUCAGUGGCAGGCGCCAGCGGAGCCGUCCUAACCGCAUCGCCCGCUGUAACCCUCGCAGGCUCUCCACGCUCGUCUGCGCGGCGCUAUGCAGGCAGGGCGACCUGCGAUUGCCCAAACUGCCAAGAAGCUGAACGGCUCGGACCGGCAGGAGCGAGCCUACGGCGCAAAGGGCUGCACAGUUGCCACAUCCCGGGUUGCGGAAAAGUCUAUGGCAAGACGUCUCACCUGAAGGCGCACUUGCGCUGGCACACUGGCGAGAGGCCGUUCGUGUGCAACUGGUUGUUUUGCGGCAAGAGGUUCACACGUUCCGACGAGCUACAGAGGCACUUGCGCACGCACACCGGCGAGAAGCGCUUUGCCUGCCCCGUGUGCAACAAGCGCUUCAUGCGCAGCGACCACCUCAGCAAACAUGUGAAGACGCACAGCGCCGGUGGCACCGAAAAUUCAACAUCGAACGGAGGCGUGUGCAAAAAGGGCAGCGACACCGACAGCGAGCAGAGCGCGCCGGGCAGCCCUGCGUGUCAGUCUCCGGAUAACGCUGCACACUACGGAUCAAGUCCAGACGGCAAGCACGAACGGCCUCAAUUCAAUCAACUGAACAAUCUGAAUUUGUAAAAUAAAGGGUAAAAUUGCGUUAAGGCUAGGUCAGUAAGCCUAUUUCUAUUAGUCCAAUACAGAGGGUCCAUAACGUAAAAAAAACUUUUCAAAAUGCUAUCUAAUAUUUUAUCCAAAAGUCUCAGGUGUCGUCAUAAACACAGACAGGGAGCAGAGACAACUUCCAGUAGCCUACACUUAUAAAGCCUGGAGAACUUCAUGCGUCAAAGAAAUUUCAACGAAUACACCCUUAUGUUUACUGUAUAUAUUUAGGUUUACUAUGAAAUGUCUUGUUUGAUUUAACUAUACUGAGGCACUUUACUCUUCAUAUUUAAAGAAAAACUGUUUACUUUAUGGUAAGACAGUACACCAUAAACUCAGCAAGACAGCACUGAGUACAUCUGAUAUUUUAAAAACUCUGAAUGGUGUUUGGCUGAAACAAAUAUCGAUCAAAAAAUGUUGCUUAGUUGUCACAGAAGGCUCUUCAUGGCCUUUAGGACACUUGUGAAAUGUAAUCAAGCAAAGUUAAAGAAUCCAAUCUCAGUGUGGUUUUGUACCGUAGUUUUUAAU